CAAAUCUCUGUUACAAUAAAUUGCCAAAAAUAAAAAAUAAAAAAUUAAUGAAAUACAAAACCUUGACUUACUCAACAGUACGCCUGCUUUCAGUCGUCUGAUGGUAAAAAGCUGGAAGUGAGUUUGUGAAGUCCACUUGAAUCAAACACUGUUUGUUCAUGGGAUAAAUAAAACAUUUUGGUAUUCUUCAAAUGGGACCUGUUAUGUUUAUGUUGACCUCCAUAUUCUUGUUCACUGCUAAAAUAGUUUUGUUUACAGUUUAAUCCCUGAUCGUCGGUGCAGCUCCUUUAAAACAAGCUGAUCUCCAUUUUAAACCAGCCUUAUUCUGAUUGGCUGCACCUCACAGGCACAAGGUUGGACACGACUGUGCGCCUUUGGUGUCCCUAUGAGCGAUAGCCGCUCUCACUGACGUCACACAGAGCAAGAGUUGAAAACACUGUCUGAGUAGGAUGACGCCUGAUCUUACUUUUAAACUUCUUUUAUCAAUUUAUACUAUACGUGGCAUAUGAUAAGGAUAGAUGGACUGGCUCAGCCCCCUUUUAAAUCGAAAGUUACACUUGUGAUAGUCCACUUUCAUGUCAUUCUUCUUGCACAGUAAAAACUAGCAGUGUUGUCCUCACCAUCCUCACAUAUGUAGCAGGAUUCAGUCUGUUUCUACGACCACAUUAUUAUCUAGACGGUAAUGAAAGCCUUGCCUCACCUUUGGUAGCUCAUCUCUCUUCGAGGAAUCGAUGGAAGAGAAACCAGUGAUGACUGAGCUUCUCUUUCAAAGACUUGAUUCUUAGAAAGUGGAGAGAAAUUAUGCUAUCACCUUCUUCGCCUUGCACGCUCUGUAUGCGGAGCUUUUCUCACAACGCCGUUCACAUCCCCUUCGCACUUCUCUCUCUGUCUUUAUGCCUCUCUCUCAUAUUCUCUGUUUCGUUCUCAUUCUGAAUGUCUCACCAGCAUAUUGCUCUCAGUAAUUAGUGACUUAUAUGUGCAGCGGCAGGGUUGCUGACUAUUUUCUUAUCUACCUCCAAGCAGCAGAGCGCAUUGAGCAGCUCAAACCAGCUCAGUGCCCGUGUGUGUGCAUGCACACGUGCCAUUUGAGUAUGUUUAUGGGUGUGUGUGUGUGUGUGUGUGUGCGCUUUUUGUCUUCGUGCAAGCGUUUGUGCAUCUGAGGGCUGUGUUUUGGGACGUGCAGCUCUCUGGCAGUGCCACAGGAGGGAAGUGUUGGCCUGUGAGCUUUCUCGCCCCCCAGCCUCCCUCCUCGCAUCACAAUAUGGAGAUUCUCACAGACCUCAUCCUCUCAUUUAGUCUCCUCUCCCUCCUCUGCUCCCUGCACUCCACUCCUGCUCUACCCCUGGUAACAUCUCUCGUGGGAGUGCAGCUCUCGGAGAACGCGAGGGGAGACACCAAAAGAAUUUCAGGCUUUCGUGCUUCAAAUCAAAUUUAUUACAAUUUCUGGGUGGAUGUCAACCUGACGAUUAAAAACAAAUGUUGUGCAAGAGAUUAAAGGCGAGACGGGAAGACGAGAAAUAAAGCAGGGAAGUGGCACAGAGCUAAAACUGAAAUGGAAGCAAGUUAUUUAAGAUGGCUUGCCCGCAGGGGCACACAAUCAGUUUCUUAGUUAGAGCAAGCUUGUAUUCCAGUCUCGGCUCUCCUCUGCCCGAGUUCAUCUGUUUGUAAGACAAACACCUGGGCAGAGAGAUCACUUCUGAUCUGCAGCGUGUGUGAACUCUCGCCCGGUGUUAAAUUCAGAGCCACGGCAUACCUCUGCAUUUGUUUUAUAAAUGAUUUAAAAAGUCGUCCCUGCUAAUGUAUUCUGCCCUUGAGCACACACAUUAGGAGUCUCCAGCACACUGCUGGUUAUCAUGCAAAUGGAGUUAGCCAAGCCUAGCUUUGCAAGAUUGGCUUGUUCACCGCUGCAGUGCAUUUGUCUCUGUAAUGCGUCUGUCUUAUGUUAUUUAUGCACAUUUGAACUGCCCGCAGGUCUGCCCGCGUCAACACGAACGCGUUUAACUGGGGACGCCGCUGCCAUACGUCUCCUGUUCUCUAAGGGGGGGCGGUCAGUCCUCUGGGGCCGCGGUUUCCUGAUGUUUAGAGUUGAUGAUCAGAGUUAAAGACACACAUACAAACAAGACAGAACCAGCACACCUAAGCGUUUCUUUGGCAUUUAGCAGUAGAUGUAAGAACCUGCACACACGAGGUGCAGUUGUUGUGAACAUGUCCUGCAGAGUAGUUGAGCAGGGCUGCUGAUCAUCUGUAGAUACCGUGUUUGGAGAACAGGCCUUUGUUUGGACGAGCUGGUGAGCGCUGGAUGGAUAUAGCCCUUUGUUUGAAUCCAUGUGUGUCUGUUUUCCAGCCAAGGUGCAGCAGCAUGGAUAUGAUCAGAGCGCAUCUGCGUGUGUACGUUCGGUGCAUGUGUUUGUGUGUGACUGCAUGUGUUUAUCGCAGUGUUUCAGCCUGUGUACUUAAUCCCAGGAUCAUCCCCUAUUCAUCCUCUCAUCCUCCUCACUUACAGCCCUAAUCCUGUCAUCCCUCGCUCUUUUUUUUUUUUCCCCUCCACCCAACGAUUUUAUCCAUUUAUCUCCCAAUCCUGUUAUCUCUCGCUCACAUCCAUUGCCCCCUUGAGUCCCUGUCCCCCUCUACUUCAUCCCAGCUCCUUUUCCGUCUCACCCCCUCUCUCUGCCAUCACCACCACCACCUCCGUCCAUUCACUUUAUCUUUCCUUCCCAACAUCCCUCCAUCCCUCUGGACCCAGUUCUAGCCAGACUCAGCAGAUGUCUGAAUGCUUGGCAUCAGGGCUUUUUUUUCUUUUCUUUUUUUUUUCCCCCUGCAGAGUUCAGUCCCUCCCAUAUGAAAAUGCAGCGCAAGGAACUGCACUCUCAUCCCUGCAAAUUAAACGCCUUCUAACAAUACAGUGUUGGAAAGUGACGGAACUGAGCCAAGAAGAAAAAGGUGCAAUGCAGCGUAAUGUUCAGGUUGAGGUUUAGGUAGUGGAAUCGGGGCUGGCGCUCGCUCAGUUUUGUGAGACUUCCAUCUGUGUGAGGAAGACAGCUGCAGCAGAGAGAUGGUGAUCUAGGAGCCUACCCACGCAGCUAGCUACCUAGCUGUCUACCGGCUGGCCUACCUACCACUGCUUUUUUGGAGCUGACAGGCUGCCACGCAAUAAAUAAAUCAUCAAAAAAAAGCUGCAAUGCAGUGGGGGUCGCAUUCGUGUUCUGUACUCUCAGGCAGCCAGUGCGUGGAUAGAAGGCAGCAUCUUCUUCCUUUCCCGUUUCUUGUCUCUCUCCGGGGGCUUUAGGAGACGGCAACAACAUCAGCUUUCUGACUCCAUCCAGACACAGGGUUAGAUUGCUAUAUGGAAGGAUGGAUGCUUUGAUGGAUAGGAGGGAUUGAGACUGAAAGGGAGGGAAAGUUUUAAAAAGAGGGGCGGGAACAAGAGGAAGCAAAGGGGGGGAGAAGAGCAGGAGGACGUGUAAGGCGAGUGUGUGAAUGACAGACGCAGAGCAAAGAGAGAAGAAGAGAAGAGACUCGGGCUGGCAGGAGGAGAGAGACGGAAAGGCCCGAGGGGGAUCAGAGCAGCAGGGCCGGAGAGACGAGCAAAAGCGAGGCAGAGAGUGACAGGCUGACGAGGCUCGCGUGCUGGAGAAGUAGAAGAAGCAACACCGGCAGGAGGAGGAAGAGGGAGUGAACGAGGGAGAAUUUGAAUGUGUGAGGCGGACGUGGACUGAAGCCAUCGUCAGCUCAUGGUCCUGGAGCACAGACACGGGAGAGGAGGAAUAGGAGGAGAACGAGAGACACAGACGGAAAAGGAGAGGAGAAGGAACGGGAAAGUGGAAAGCUGGUCAGCAGUUGUUCCUUUAGAUCAGACAAUGAUGGGGCUGUACUACCAAGCUAUGCUACCGGGCUCUCAGGAUUCGACAGGAGGACAGGAGGGUUUGGUGGCCCCACCCUUUACAGCAUUCCCACCUCCACCCCCUCCUCAAAACGGUCUACCGGGAACAGAGUUUGGCCCUGGGGCCAUGUUUGGUGCUGGAGGCCAAGGUGCAGCAGAGGUAGGGGCUGGUGCAAAUGGAGCCCCCACCUCCACCAACAACAACAGCAGCAAUAAGACAGAGGAGACGUCUCAGGGUGAGGCGGGUGUACAGUGCGGCGCAGGAGGCACAGGAGCGGGAGGCUCAGCAGGAGACUCGACAGAGGCCAAAGGGACCCCCAAACGCCUCCAUGUUUCAAACAUCCCCUUCCGCUUCCGGGAUCCAGACCUCAGGCAGAUGUUUGGGCAAUUUGGGAAGAUCCUGGAUGUUGAGAUUAUUUUCAAUGAGAGGGGUUCAAAGGGUUUUGGCUUUGUGACAUUUGAGAACAGCGCAGACGCAGAGAAAGCCAGGGAAAAGCUCCACGGCACACUGGUGGAAGGUCGUAAGAUUGAGGUGAAUAACGCCACCGCCAGAGUGAUGACUAACAAGAAGAUGGUCAGCCCUUAUCCUAAUGGAGAAGCUCUCAGCACACUACCCUAUGCAGGGUGGAAGUUGAGUCCUGUGGUGGGAGCUAUGUAUGGACCAGAGAUCUACGCAGUUCCAGGGUUUCCCUACCCUACAGCAGCAGCAGCAGCCACAACAGCGGCAGCGGCAUUUCGCGGUGCCCACCUCCGGGGCCGAGGCCGGCCCGUCUACAGUGCUGUGCGGGCCGCUGUGCCGCAGCCUGCCAUCCCUGCCUAUCCUGGCGUGGUGUAUCAGGAUGGGUUUUACGGAGCCGCAGACUUAUAUGUAAGUAAAUUCACCUCCAACCGACACACCAUCUCUGUCCCUCCCCUCACGGCUUUCUCCUGCUCUUUUUUUUUUCCUUCUUGGGGUGAUUCUGCAUGUGUGUCCGGUCAUGCGCUGCACAGAGCUGCCUCCAUAAUGGUGAAUGGUGAGAACUCUUUAGAAGCACGACAUGCCACAUACCUGCACAAGGUCCUUUGUCUUUUGUGCAUGAGCGUUGUUUUUCGUCGACAAACGUGCUGGUUAUCACACAACUGAGCACCAGCUGUGUUCAUUUAAAAAUGAAAUAAAACUGAAUAAAUGACAUCGUGUGAUGGGAUCCACAACACCACUACAAAGGCUGCUCUGUAGGCGGAUGCGGCAGCGUGCGUCAGUGAAUGAGUGUGUGCGUGCGUGUGUGCAUCCAGGUUGACAACGGUUGUUUCUGUUCUCUCUAUAGACUAGUGUUUCAGGACUCAGUCCUUAGUCCCAGAUUGCCUCAGGUAGGGUCAACUCAACACCAAACCCUGAGUGUGCAUUGUUUUACUGUACUACCUCCUCUGAUCUUAUGAAUCAUCUUCUGAUCUGAUCUGGAACAUGUUGUCUUUUAGUUGUUUUAAAAAUUACCGCUGCUUUGAAUUUUGCUUUAUUCUUUUACUAACUCACUGAUUUUUCUUUUUUGUUCUUGCUUUUCCAGUUGUGGGAAAGAGCUUUGUUUUUGUUUUGUUUUUUAACUAAAAGUACUAAAUUGUAUGGAGUGCUUUUCUUCCUGCUCAAAAGAGAACCUGGUCUCUUUUGUCUGGUUGGCUAGUUUUGGUGGAAAAUGACAUCUGCUCUUAUUUUGUUCUCGUGUUGGAAAAGAUGGCAGUAUGCAUACAGUUGUAAAAGUUCUGGUCAAAUGUUUGCAUUCACUUGUCAGACACACUUAUAUCACUGCAGUUUGGGCUCCUUAAUUAUUUCUACAGCUGCUCUUUAUUUGAGACGGCAGGAAAUCGACUUUUUAUGUCACUUGAAAAACAAGUGAGGGUUUUUUUAAUGUUCUUUUUUAGAUCCCUCAGUAGAUACAAGGACAACUCAGACUGGUCAAAAAUAAGCUACAAAAGCUGACUGUAUUUUUAGUAAGUAUCAGUGGCCUACAGUCAUGUAGAAAAGAGAAGUUUUCACUCGGUGCAGUCCUGUGAAGAAAUCCGCCAACUUAGCAAUAACUGGAUCGUUUUCUGUUUGCCCUUAGCUGUUUACUGAGAUCAGGCUCUCACAUCGUCGUGGAGGAAUUUUGGCCUGUUUUUCUUCACAACGUUGCUUUUAUUCGUCUAGAUUUGCAGGCGUUUUGCUCAUACUUCUUUUUUUCAGCCAUUCUGCUGAUUUGCUCCUUUUCCUGCUGAGUGACUCUGUGACUCCACGGUGCAAAGAAACCCAAUUCACAAAACGUGGUGCUGUGGAUUAUGGCCAAAAAUCUAUAUGGAGACAAAGUUUACAAACGUGCACAAAUGAGUGAUUUGUGUUUAACUGUUGAGGACUCACAAGCACGUUUCAAUCCACACACAAAUACAAAGCAAUCUAACUGGGAUGUAACACUGUUUCACAAAUGCAUAGACCCAAACUUUGAAUCAAAUGAUUGGCAUGAGGGCCUGUGCAGACUCAUCCAUGGAUAAUUUACAUCGCAACACACAAACUACACGUGCGCCCAGAAGCAUAACAGGUAUAACUUCUCGGCCAGCGGCUUAUAAUCCAGGCUUUAAUGGAAGCAUAACACUGAACAUUUCACAGCACUGCAUAGAGUCCAGUAAACAACGCUGCUUUUCACAUGACUGUACAGUACAGGUUAACCUCAUGAGACUGACUCGUGCUAUUUUGAAACCAGAGGUAAGGGAUGAGGCGUGCACUGAGCAUGCUCAUAUGGUAGCAAUGUCCCUUUUUAUUUAUUGUUUAUUUUAAUCUACUGAGGCCUCUAAUUUACUCAGUGAAAAUCAUGCUGAAUCUAGUGAUUCAGAUCAUAACUCAGCAGGAAGUGGUUUGCUGAGAUUUCCCCCUCCACAUCACCACCAAGCAGACAUCUGGUUGUCCUGUGCUUCUGUUUUUUGACCUGUCAUCACUCGUUUUUUUAAGAAAGUUUGACCUAAAAUGCAAAUAAGAGUGCAAUGAUUUGUAAAUGAUUUAAAAGGAAACGGAGAAAUGUAGUUUGAAAAGUUUGUAGUUUUGAAUUUUAGGCAAGAAACUUUUCUGUUUUGUUUUGGAGCAGGUACAACAAGUGAUUGGAAAAAUUGUGUGACGCUAGAAAACCAACUAAAGGAAUAUCUCACAGCUAACGAGGUAGAUUAGUGGCUUAGUAAGUACAGCAUCUGUCGAGUAAUUACUCAGUAUAUGGUGCAAAAUGUAGUUUAAAGCAUACUCGGAGUUUGACGUGGCCCACUAAGCCACUAAUUAUGGUUCAUAGUACAUCCCUCUGGUGCUAAACUGACCUCCCUGCAGUCCAGACACAAAACAGUUUUUUUUUUUUUUUACAGGACAAGGUGAUGCAGCAUGGUGCAACAUUCCCCAGUUUCAGUAUUUCAUGUUUUGUAUCGAAAAUAAGCCGUAAAUGAUUUACAAAUCAUUGUAUUUUGCACCUUUUCCAUAAGGCGGUGAAUGCAGAUACUCUAGUGCUACUUUGUUUCAGAAAUGUUGUUUUAAUAUAUGCUUUCACAUAAUCAGGUUUAUUUAAACUUGGCUGCAGAAAUAAUUGCCCCAGUACUGCUUUAAUAUACCAUAGAUGUCUUUUGCAAGUAUAUCUAAACCUUUGACUGUACUGCGUUUUCCAAAAACUAAAACACAAACUAUAUUUCCAAUUGGAUGCCACCAUAUUAUUAUUAUCAGAUUAUCAUAAACUCGAAGUCCCUUGUGUUGUAAACUUUUUGUUUCUAAAUCUGAGGCUGUGAUUUUACAGCAGUGUCCCGUGAACGUUAGUCAGUGCCCUGAAAGCCUUCUGCCCAGAGGGGGCUCAAGCUGAAAUGGAGAACAUGGUCUCUUCCUGAAUUAACUGCACACCCCCAGGAUGAUUAUUGAAGCAUGUGCUGAUCAGCUGCUGCAUGCCGGCGUGCUGUUUUACUGCUCCUUCUUUCCCUCCACUUACCCAGAAAGCCUUGCUCUCUCCCACUAAUAAACAUUUUGUACCCCACCUGCCUCCCUCUGGUCCGUGUCUCGUAGCCAUCGCUGAGAAUGCUGGGAUGUUUCUGUUGUGCUUGGAUAUUCUCCAUUCUGAUCAGGUCCAAAUGCAGUGGGAUUGUUUUGUUUCUUUUUAUUUGUUUUUCUUUUUUUAA